UCGGGGCUGGCGCGGGCGGAGGCGGCUACCCGGGCGGCGGCGGCGAUCGGAGCGGCGGCGGCGGGGAGCGGGCUCUGGGCGCCAGGCACCGUGCGGGCGCCGGGGCGGCGCGGCGGGAAGAUGACCGCGGGCUCCGGCGUGCUCCUGGUGCUGCUCUCGCUCUCCGGCGCGCUCCGGGCACAAGAGGAUCUUACAGCCAGCGAGACCUGCAAGGCUGGAUUCUCAGAAGAAGGUUACACGGCAUUAAUCUCGCCAAAUAUUCUGCAAGGAGAGAGGCUGCUCAAAGUCGAGUUCAGCAGCUGUCUGGGGAGCCAGGGGAUGCAAUACGAGACCAACAGCCUGGACUUCAAAGUCAGGGCCGACGGGACAGUCUUCGCCACCCGGGAGCUGCGCAUCCCCUCCGAGCAGGUGGCCUUCACAGUGACCGCACGGGACCGCCGGACAGCUGAGCAAUGGGAUGCCGUGGUGCGGCUGCUGGUGGCCCAGACCUGGUCCUUGCACCCUGGACACAAGAGAGGAAAGAAGAAAGACGUGACCCUGGACCCCUCUCAGCCACCGAGGGACACGCUGCGGCCGUGGCCCCAGCACCAGAGCUCCGGAGGACUGAGGCGGCAGAAGCGGGACUGGGUCAUCCCCCCGAUCAAUGUGCCCGAGAACUCGCGCGGGCCCUUCCCGCAGCAACUCGUGAGGAUCCGGUCAGACAAAGACAACGACAUCCCCAUUCGGUACAGCAUCACCGGCGUGGGCGCCGACCAGCCCCCCACGGAGGUCUUCAGCAUCGACUCCAUGUCUGGCCGCAUGUACGUCACCAGGCCCAUGGACCGGGAGGAGCGAGCCUCUUACCACCUGCGAGCCCACGCCGUGGACAUGAACGGCAACAAGGUAGAGAACCCCAUCGACCUGUACAUCUACGUCAUCGACAUGAACGACAACCGCCCGGAGUUCCUCAACCAGGUCUACAACGGCUCGGUGGACGAGGGCUCCAAGCCAGGCACCUACGUGAUGACAGUCACGGCCAACGACGCAGACGACAGCGCCACAGCCAACGGCAUGGUGCGGUACCGCAUCGUGACCCAGACCCCUCAGAGCCCGUCCCAGAACAUGUUCACUAUCAACAGUGAGACAGGGGACAUUGUGACGGUGGCCGCAGGCCUGGACCGCGAGAAAGUGCAGCAGUACACGGUCAUCGUCCAGGCCACCGACAUGGAAGGCAAUCUUAACUACGGACUCUCAAACACGGCCACAGCCAUCAUCACGGUGACGGACGUGAACGACAACCCCCCCGAGUUCACCACAAGCACAUUUGCAGGGGAGGUCCCCGAAAACCGGGUGGAAACGGUGGUCGCCAACCUGACCGUGAUGGACCGAGACCAGCCCCACUCUGCAAACUGGAACGCGGUCUACCGCAUCAUCAGCGGAGACCCCUCGGGCCACUUCAGCGUGCGCACGGACCCCGUCACCAACGAGGGCAUGGUCACCGUGGUGAAGGCGGCCGACUACGAGCUGAACAGGGCCUUCAUGCUGACGGUGAUGGUGUCCAACCAGGCGGCCCUGGCCAGCGGGAUCCAGAUGUCCUUCCAGUCCACAGCAGGGGUGACCAUCUCAGUCACUGACGUCAAUGAGGCCCCCUACUUCCCCUCCAACCACAAGCUCAUCCGCCUGGAGGAGGGCGUGCCGGCUGGCACGGCGCUCACCACCUUCUCGGCCGUGGACCCCGACCGCUUCAUGCAGCAGGCGGUGAGGUACUCAAAGCUGUCGGACCCCGCAAACUGGCUGCACAUCAACGCCUCCAACGGUCAGGUCACCACGGCCGCCGUCCUGGACCGCGAGUCCCUCUACAUCAGAAACAACGUCUACGAGGCCACCUUCCUGGCAGCCGACAAUGGGAUGCCCCCGGCCAGCGGCACUGGGACUCUGCAGAUCUACCUCAUCGACAUCAACGACAACGCCCCCGAGCUGCUGCCCACGGAGGCGCAGGUGUGCGAGAAGCCGGGCCUGAGCGCCAUCAACAUCACCGCGGCCGACGCGGACGUGGACCCCAACGUCGGCCCCUACGUCUUCGAGCUGCCCUUCGUCCCGGCCACCGUGCGCAAGAACUGGACCAUCACCCGCCUCAACGGUGACCAUGCCCAGCUGGGCCUGCGCAUCCUGUACCUGGAGGCCGGGGUGUACGACGUCCCCGUCACCGUCACGGACUCCGGGAACCCUCCGCUCUCCAACACGUCCGUCAUCAAAGUCAAGGUGUGCCCGUGCGACGAGAACGGCGACUGCACGGCGGCGGGCGCGGUGGCGGCUGCGGGGCUGGGCACGGGCGCCAUGGUGGCCAUCCUCCUCUGCAUCGUCAUCCUGCUAACCAUGGUCCUGCUGUUCGUGGUGUGGAUGAAGCGGCGGGAGAAGGAGCGGCACACCAAGCAGCUACUCAUCGACCCCGAGGACGACGUGCGGGACAACAUCCUCAAGUACGACGAGGAGGGCGGCGGCGAGGAGGACCAGGACUAUGACCUCAGCCAACUGCAGCAGCCAGAAGCCAUGGAGCACGUGCUGAGCAAGGCCCCUGGAGUGAGGCGGGUGGACGAGCGGCCAGUGGGUGCCGAGCCCCAGUACCCAGUCCGGCCUGUGGUGCCCCACCCAGGUGACAUCGGGGAUUUCAUCACCGAGGGACUCCGCGCGGCUGACAAUGACCCCACGGCGCCCCCCUAUGACUCCCUGCUGGUCUUCGACUACGAGGGGAGCGGCUCCCCCGCGGGCUCCGUCAGCUCCCUGGGCUCCUCCAGCUCCGGGGACCAGGACUACGACUACCUGAACGACUGGGGUCCGCGGUUCAGGAAGCUGGCCGACAUGUACGGAGGCGGCCAGGAGGACUAGCUCCCUCACGCCCAGACCCGAGAGCAGCCGGACCCGGCGAGGACCAAGCCCAGGCAGGCACCGGCUCCUGCAGGGACAGCGGCUCUGCUGUGGAGGUCCCUCCCCAGGUGGAGCUGUCCAGCAGGACCUGUCCCUGUCGUGGCCAGGCCCACCGCCCUCUCAGUCGCCACCUACCGCAAAGGGAGAGCCAGAGGCACCGUCCUGACUUGAACUUCCCAGAACAGAAGCACUGUUUCAAAAACGAAAGUGCCUUUGGUACACGUGUCAGAUCCCCCAACUCAGGAGUGACUGAAAGCGAGCAGACAGCCCGGCCCGGCCCCAGAGGCCCGCAGCCCUGCCGGCUGAAGGCGUCCAGGAAGGGACGGACAAGGCCCUUCUUUGUUUCUUUUAUUUUGGUUUUGGUUUGGGGUUUUGUUUUUGUGUGUGUGCCUGCGUCUCUUACUAAGAAACAGAAGGCGUGUGACUCUUGAAAGUGUAGCUUGGGGCCAGGUCCUAAUAGCCUUUGCGUCCACUGCAGGGGCUUUCCAGCAGCAGAGACCCCAGAGUUGGCCACCCCUUGGCCAUGGCGCCCAACUGUGUGGAUUUCGCUUUCACCCAAGUUGGCAGCUGCCCCACCCCGGCCAGAUGCUGUGGAGAGCUGGGGCGGUGGGCUGCCAGGGCCUGCCCCGGGUGCUCCCACCUCUGCCUUGGCCACCCCAGCACCCCAGUCCCCCAGAAGGCCUCUCUCCGAGCCAGCGGUCAUCCCCCAUGCCACGGGGGUGCCCCUCGCCUUUGGUCCAAGAAGCCACAGCUUCCUGCAAACCCUGGGACAAGCUUUCCACGCAUUGGGUUGAACUCCCCGGACCCCAUCGAAGGCCAGUGAACACGCAUUGGCCCAACCCCUGAACGCCCACGACACUGGCCACCCCAGGGCUGUGCAGAGGACAGAGCCACGCCUGGCCCGUGGCUGGAGUCGCCUGCCUCUCGGUGACAGCUCGGGCUUGGCACCAGCACCGGCUUGUGCAGAUGCGGCAGCUCCCUCCCCCAGCCGUCAGACCUGUGCUCCUGACGCGGGUGAACUGCUGCAGGUGGCCAGCGCAAGGCCUGGCCUUCCUGUGCCAUCUGUCCACAGAUGACUCUGGGCGACACGUGCAGAGAGGACCCUCCUUUCCUGUCCCAGGUCCAAGCUGCCUGGCCAUGGGCCCCCCAGAGCUGGCACUGCUCUGUCCACACGUGGUCUGGUUCAGGCCUGGGGGCUAUCAGUCCUGCAGGACAUCAAUCGAUAAGGUCGUGCCCAAAGACUCCCAGGAGGGGGCAUCUGCCUUUCUCACUGGGCAAGACAGCAGGCCUGGGCCACCUCCAUGUCUGGGCUCAGAGGCACCUCGGGCCAGGGCAGGAGGCAGGCCCUGGGAGGGGUGUCCUGUGCCUGGUCAGCUUCUGGCUCAGCCCAGGCAGUGACACUGUGAGGGUGAGGGAACCAGUGGCCUGGGGACCUGGUGUCAGAGCGCCUCGGGGAGCAGGAGGUCCGAGGAUUGAGGAAGGACAAGGAUGCCCACACUGCUGCUGUGGUCAGGAGAGCCUCAGAAGGCAGGGGAGCCUGGGGGUGCGAGGGGCACCAUGCUCCCCACCUGAAGGGCUCUGAUCCCUUCCUUCCCCAGCCUCUGGUCUUUCCCCUCACUAACAUUGUCCCCUUUUCUAAAUAGCUUUGGCCUCAAGACGCACCUGAGUGGACUCUAUGUGUGCCAAACUUGUGGGUGUGUCCCACUGGACGUCAGGGUUCUUCCCCAAACCAAACUCUUCCCCAUCUCUGUUCUCCCAGAGCUGAGCUGGGUCACAAGCUCAGCUCUGUCCAUUCUGACCUCUCCUGAGACCGUCUGGGGAGGGAGGAGGGAGGGAGCCAUCCUGUCCUGCCUGGAGUCCCUGCCUUUAGACAGCCAGUCCAGGAGAUGGGCCCAUGAAGGAAGGGGUCCCCAGUCCCAAGCCGUGCUAUGCAAAUCGCUCUGGACUAGCAGCCAAUGGGCCCAAGUAUCUAGGGACGUGGCCAUUGGCAGGAGGCAUGGGAGGCCUGGGGGCUAGGGAUGGGAGCUGGACCCUUCUGCUUAUUGUUUGGACACUCCGUCCUUGGACAGCAGUUCUGAGCCGAGUGAGAGUGGGCCGUUUGAAACGUGCAUGCAGUGGGCAGCAGUGAACCCUGAACCCCGAGCUAACCUGGUCCUCUGCCCUAGAAGAGCCAAGCCCGUGGCCUGCUGCGCACGUGUCUCCUGGCUCCACUCCUCACUCCCCUCCUCUCCUCACCUCCAGGCCCCUGCAUCAUGCAGGUGGAGGCUGCAGCACCAGCUGGGGUGGUGUCCACGGGGGCUUCCUGUGACAGCUGGACAGUUCUGCCCCUCCACCCCACAGCCUGGGCAGCCCCUGGGGUCAGAGAAAGAUGGGGUUCCCAUACCAGAUGCACUCGGAGCUCUGUCCCGAGGCCGACGAGUUAGCGUUAGCCAAUGUACAAUCAGCAUCAACGUCUCUCUUCUGUAGCUUGUAGAUGUGACCUGUCUGAGGUCAGCCCUGCCGCAGGGCCCGGGCUGGCCGGCAGGGUGCAGGGCAUGCUUUAGUUUCUUUAGGGCAUUUUUAUUCCAGAGUGGAAGAGGCCUGUGCUACAAGGUGGUGUCAAGAACACCUCGGUCUUGGCCGCCUGUGCAUCCCAUCUCCUGGCCAGCGGGUUUCUUCUUUCUCGUCUUUCCGCACAUCCAAAAUGUUAGGCCUCCACCACCAAGUGUCAGAGUAAUGUCGGGCCCUCAGAGGUGCCUCCGCUUCCCUAGCAAGAGCACAUGGCCCACUGAGGUGACCACUCUGUCCUCUCCGAGGUAAGAAGCCAGGGGAAGGGAAUCUCCAUUUCCAUCAAGCUAAAAGGAAUAACACCAAAAAUCAGCAUCUCCCGUGCACAGAGGCCUGGGCAGCGAGUGGCUCCAGGCGGGCACUACUUGAGUGUGUGUCCUUGGAACGCAUCUUACGUUUUCUUUCUCUCCUUUUUCCAUUCUGACUGUUUUAUUUGUUUGCAUGUUUCUUUCUGAAAAUGGACAGACUGUGUAGCAGCCCGCAUGACCGUGGUUGUCUUGGAAAGAUUCCGGAGUAUGACGUAUUCACACUGCAACGCGGAGCAUCGCCGUAGACAAGUGUUCCGGCUUUUUUUGUAACCGUCAACAGCACAACUAUUUUGUAUUGUUGUUUGUAUCAUUUUGUACCGAAAAAAAAAAAAAAAGAAGAAGAAAAAAAAAAAGGGAAGAAAGUCGAUGUUUUCAA